AUUACUCAUACUGCCCGAGCACAAACUAACAAAUAGUCUUUCCAUCCUCCAUUGGAUAGACUUCAAUUCCCUCUCGGUAACCCAAAAAUAACCGCCACUGGUUCUGUGACGUACAUAUUGACGUUUCCUGCACACAUUUUCCCUUUCCGAUAGUGUUUCCAGUUCUUGGUGGAAGACUCAUGACCGCCAAAGAUUCGGACAUCCUCUUAGACACCACUACCGAAGCUGAUAUGGCCAUUGCGGUGUCCCCAAAGUCUACUGCCAUCGAGCCUACCAAGGAGGCACCUUUAGUGCCAUCUUCCCCCGUCGCUGUAGCCCCGGGCAGUGCUGUUUCACGAAAGCCCUCCGGAGGCGCUCACAAAAAUGGUGUUCGAAAGCACCGUAAGUCGCUAAGAGAAGGUGGCCUGUCGCUGAGAAGUACUUCACCAGAUGGGUCAUCCAUCCGCCGUGUUCCCCCCAAGAUACACAACAAAUUGUACUGUGAGCAAGUGAAUAAGAUAAAACGUGCGCCAUCUACUGUCCUCAACAAGUUGAACCACGACGAGUUGAAGUCAGUCAGAUCACACACCGAGUUAGCGGAGACAGCCAAUGGUGUGCGUAUGUUGGCCAGAAACCUUUCUAAGGCGACCAUCCAUCUUGAUGUGAAAACCAUCAUGGUGGUUACCAAAGCCCGUGAUAACUCAUUGAUAUUUUUAACCAGAGAAGUUGUAGAGUGGUUUUUAAAACGGAACAAAAACAUCACCAUUUAUGUGGACUCGAAGCUAGAAGCUCUGAAGAGGUUUAAUUAUUCAGGUUUAGUGGAAAGUGUUCCAACCGCUCGUCAAUAUGUCAAGUUUUGGACCAAGGAGUUUACUAUCAACAACCCUGAGAUUUUUGAUCUCGUAUUGACUUUGGGAGGUGACGGAACAGUGUUAUAUGUAUCAAACUUGUUUCAGAGGAUUGUACCUCCAGUUAUCAGUUUUGCCUUGGGAUCACUUGGAUUUCUUACUAAUUUCCGCUUUGAUGACUUCCGCUCAAAGAUGUUGAGCGUGCUAGAAAGUGGAGUCCGAGCAAAUCUUCGUAUGCGGUUCACUGCCAGAGUUCAUCGUCUGGAUGGACAAUUGGUGUGUGAACAACAGGUGUUGAAUGAAUUGGUUGUUGAUAGAGGUCCCAGUCCGUAUGUGACUAACCUUGAAUUAUAUGGAGAUGGUUCAUUGUUGACAAUAGCACAAGCUGAUGGACUUAUUAUCGCAACUCCUACCGGCUCUACAGCUUAUUCUCUUUCUGCCGGAGGUUCCCUUGUUCAUCCCGGGGUCAGUGCUAUAAGCGUUACACCAAUUUGUCCUCAUACACUCUCGUUUCGGCCUAUUCUCUUACCGGACGGAAUGUUUUUGAAAGUCAAGGUCCCUUUUGCUAGUAGACUGACUGCUUGGGCCUCUUUUGAUGGUAAGGUCCGUACUGAGUUGUUACAAGGAGAUUACGUAACUAUCCAGGCAUCACCAUUUCCAUUUCCAACGGUGAUUUCUUCCAAAACAGAGUACAUUGACAGUGUGAGUCGAAACUUGCACUGGAAUGUACGGAAACAACAACGGCCAUUCAGUGACUACAAGUUGAAUGAUUCAAAUGAAGAUGUGGAACUGCAAAUAGAGAGCUUAUCAUUAAAUGCCUCAAUAACUAUCGACAAUGAUAAUGCGGACUAUGAUAUCAAUUUCAGCGACGAAAAUCCCGAAGAAAACACAAGCCAAUACAGCUCAAGUACACGCAAUAGUCUGGGUCGAGUAGGUAUUCCUAUCCCCGUUACUACAACUGCACCUGCAUCUACAACUCCACAAUCUGCUACUGUCACUGACGCGUCUACUACGACAUCUAAAAACCUUAACGAUUAUCCACUCAGAGUUAACACGGCACAGUUUACACCCAACGGCACCAAUGUGAAUGCUUCUGAUUGUUCAGAAAUUGGAACGGGUAUGUCUACACCCAGUGACACCGAAGAAGACAUCCCAUUUUUGCCCUCCCUCGGCGGAGGGCUCAGUACACCUCCGUCCCACACGAUAUCUUAUACGAACUUGGAAGACAGGCACUGUUUCGCUCACCCUAAUGCCCAUGUAACAUUCGGUUCGUCUUCAUCCGAUAACAGUGGCCACUCAAACUUUCUUUGAGUUUAACGAUUUGAGGUUCUCACGUGAUAUGCCCUCGCCUAGCUAACCAUAUAGAAAUUAUGAACUUUAAUUGACCACCCGCCAGUGUAAGCC